CCAUCAUACUCGAUUAGUUCCGUGAUGAGAUUGAACGUUCUAGUAGGCACUUUAAGAAUAGAAACGACUGGAGAACAUUGCAAAACAGCAAAAGGCAACAUAUUAUAAAAAUGAUUUGGUUUGAAGGCUCUAUUCCAGCAGCCAUUAUUUCCGCCAAACAACAAAGCUCAAUCUUCGUCGUCGUAAUUACAGGCGACGAUGAGGUGUCAGCACAAAUGAUGUCCAGUUGGGAGGACGGCAGAGUUGCUGAGGCCUCCCACAGCUGCUGUGUUGCAAUCAAGGUCGACGCCAAAAGCGAGACAUGCACUCAGUUCUCCCAAAUCUACCCAGUUGUCUGCAUUCCGUCCAGUUUCUUCAUCGGAGAGAAUGGAAUCCCCCUGGAAGUAGUUGCCGGGGGCAUAUCUGCAGAGGAACUCAUGAAAAGAAUCUACAAAGUCAAACAGAUGCAUGCUCAGCAAAUAACAGGUGUGGUGGCGCCCAUGGAGGCUUCAGAGCCAGCCCCAGCCCAGCCCCAUCUACCCCCACAGGAUCUCCAUCCCAACCACACGCCACCAGCAGAAGCAAACCGGCCAGAAGCGUCAGCCACAUCUAAAGAAUGCCUGUCUAGGUCAGCGGAUGAAAACGGAGCCUCUGCCUCAGUGGUCGUGACCCCCGGGGAGGACAGGAGUGCAUCAUCCGACGACACGUCAACCAGCUCUCAGCCUGACGAAGGUCUCAACGCCAAGGUGGAGAGGUUGACCAAGAAACUGGAGGAAAGACGGGAGCAGAAAAAGAAAAUAGAGGAGGAGUGUGAAAUCAAGAAGGAGAUGGAGAGGAGGAAGAUGGGGAAGGAGAUGCUGGACUUCAAGAGGAAGAAUGAGGAUGAGAAGACCAAACGGAUAAUGGAGGAGAGGAACAAGGAGAAAGCUGAGGAAAAGGCUGCCAGGGAGCGCGUCAAAGCACAGAUUGCUCUGGACCGGGCUGACAGAGCUGCCCGCUAUGCCAAUAACCAAGAGGAGGUGGAGGCAGCCAGGUUAGCAGCUCUACAGGCCAGACAGGCGGAGGUUAAGAAGGAGAGCUCGCCCCGGGAGAGGAGUGCCAUAGCCAGAAUACAGUUCCGUCUUCCAGAUGGUUCUUCCUUCACCAACCAGUUCCCUUCGGAGGCCAGGCUGCAGGAUGCUCGGCAGUUUGCUGUCAAUGAAGUUGGAAACCGCUACGGCAACUUCUCCCUGGCCACCAUGUUCCCCCGCAGGGAGUUUACAGCUGACGACAUGGACAAGACGCUGCGGGAGCUAGAGCUGGCCCCCAGUGCCUCCAUAGUGCUGCUGCCUCAAACGGGACGGCCUAGCAACACUGUAGUGCAGUCGUCAUCCGGAGGGGGAAUUUGGGCAGUACUAGGCACCAUUCUCUACCCCCUGCUGGCUGUGUGGAGGUUCCUGAGCGGCUUUCUCUUCUCCAGCCCCCCUAGCACCGGAGCAGCAGGCCCCAGGGGUCUAGCCCAGCGGCCUGACACCGCCUCAGCCUCCUCCUCUGGCGAACCGAAGAGAGAAACCCUCCGCAAACGCACUCUGGAGAAGCAACCUGCAGACUUCAAAAGAGACGGCAAGAUCCACAGGCUACGGAAUCAUGAAGACAGCGAGGAUGAAAACAACACUUGGAACGGCAACUCUACCCAGCAAAUGUAAUGCAAUAACACUGGUGGUUUUUCCUCUCUCUUCUCUCUGACUUGGUGAGUUUACCGAGUGUGUUUCAGUCAGUCUGAAGGAAAAUGUUGAAAAUAGGGCUAUAAUGUUUCUGUUUUAUAUUUCUUUUGUCCAAUCCUGUACUCUGCUCCUUACCUGCAUGGGUAGAUGUAAUGAAAUUAACCCCUGACCGUUGGGCUUGGAAAAAAAACAAAAAAAAACUUUGUGUUGAAAGUGUUACUUGAUUGAUUCAGCCUUUUACAGAAUAAAACCAGCCAGGUUCAGUAUCCUGGCAUGUGUGCUGAUUACAAAGGGUGAAGAGAUGUUGAUUUGAAGUCCUCUUCUAAAUGAUGUUAACAGUUGCAUUUGAGAAUAAAAUACAUUUGUAUUUUAAAUCCGUGACCCAGGGCACAACCCUGUUUAAUGAUGAGGGCUCUGGUCUGGCGGGGGGGGGGGGGGGGGGGGGCUCUACAUGUAGCUGUGUUUUAUACAAGGCUGAGGCCCCCUUGGCAUAGACAGUAGAAUGUGUUGUUUCUACUAAUAGUUGAACAUGAGAAACCACUGUACUGCUCUCAUUCAACUGAGAAUAAAAAUACAUGUUUUUCAAUAAACAACCUUUUGGACGGCUCAA